AUGAAUAAUUUAAUUUAGAAAUUAUCACAUUAAAGCCUUCCGUUCAAGAUUUCAGAUAAAUUUGCCACAAUUAUAAUAGCUAUUAAAUUCCUUUAAGUUUUGGCUAUCAUACAACCAACUUAUGAUCAAAUUUAAGAACCUUCUCUACUAUUUACUACAAAUGUCUUAAAAUCAAUACUAAUCAUACCUUACUCAUCUAAUUUUUCUUUAAUGCUUUUAUGUCUCAUCCUAUUAGUACUGAAAGAGGUCACUCUUGCAAUAUUCUGUACAAUUGAAAAUUCCACAUACAAAAUAGUUAAUAAGUAUGGAUUAAAACUUAUCUUUUAUGAAAUAAUAUUCUUCCAAUAGACAACUGCUAUACCAGAAUUAUAUCUUUUAAUUGGAUUGCUUAAUUAAAGUAAUAAGAAGGUUGCCUUCCAAUCUUUUAAAUUUGCAUAUGUUGCACCUAUUUGCAUCUUUAUUAUUAUUAUUGUUUCAAUAAUUGCAUUCUUUAGAGUAUACUUUUUAAGAGCCUAAAAUAUCAUUUCCGAUACUAAAAUAUUUCCUAAAUUUACAUAUUUCACCAUUUUAAGAUUCGUUCUUAAAAUAUGUGUGAUCAUAAUUUCAUUUGAAUCAUCAUAUUCUGCUAAUCUACUCAAACUAUGUUUAGGAAUGGGAGUAUUUAUUGUUUGUUUAAUUGAAUUGUAUAUUGAAACGACAUUUGAACCCUCAAUUAAUAGAUAAUUAACUAUUAUUAUAGGUUGUCUAAAGUUAACUACGUUUGUGUAAUUAAUCUGUUACAUAUUUUCACCUAAUAAAGAAGAUUAAAUGCAAAUAUUUUACAUUUUAUUUGGAAUUCCUAUCAUCUUUGUUAUCAUUAGAAUUAUCAAUCAUAGAAAGAGAUUAGAUAUUUUGAUUUAUUAAUCCUAUAAAUAUCCCAUAAUUAUUUAAAUUGAGGAACUUUAUGAAUUAAUGUUUCGAUUGAACUCUAAUAAGACAUCUGUAAAGCUGAUGAUAGAAUAAUUUCAAAUAUAUAGUAGACAUGGUUAGCAAUGCAAAUCUUGUAACACAGAAUACAAUUAUUCCAUCCCUAAACUGAUUUAAUGUCUAAUUUAAAACAAAUUCAGGUAAAACAAAUAAUCAAAAGAAUCUGAAAAUUUGAUGAUCUUGUAUGUUAAUUUCUUAUCUAACACUAUGAAUCAACCUUUAAUGGCAUAUGUUGAAGUGAAGAAAUUUGAAUUCAGAAAAAAACGCUUCUCAAUUUACUACAAAUUCAUUAGAAAUCAAUUCGCACUGAAAUUAAAGGAGAAAAUAGAAGACAAACAAUCUCAUUCAACUGUGAAGUCUAAUUAAACCUCGUUUUAAUAGAUAGAAAUUAAAGAGAUCAUUUAAAGUUUCCAUUUAGAAGAAGAAUAUCUAAGAAAAUACAUUUUGCUUUUAAAUUAAAAAAUAAAGAUUUGGCAAUUAUAAAUCAAGGGUGUUGAGAAUAUAGGAGAACUCAUCUAGGUUGUGAGCGAUUAUGGAUAAAUGUUGUAAAGUGUAAUGAAUGAAUUCUUUUAGGAUUUUCAUCAAAGUUUAAACUUGAAGAAGAGUGAAUAGAAAAAUGUUAUCCACUUAAAGCUGAUGGCUAUAUUAUAUUCUUUGAUAUUGAACAACACCGAGCAAGCACAAGUGUAUGAAUAAUAAAUUGUGACUAUUUGUGCAAAUGAAAGUAACCUCCCUCUUGAUACAAUAUGUAAUGCUAGUCUCCUCGAUGAUAAAGUGUGCUUAUUGACUAUCAGUAUGGUCAAGAACAAAGGCAAGAUUUUGAAUGCAAAUAAAAAGCAAUUAGCCAAGCACUUUGGUUUUUCAUACGAUGAUUACCAUUUAAUUUCGCAUAUAAAUGAUUUAAUGCCUCCUUUUUUAAUAGAUGUACAUAAUCAUUUAUUAGAACUUUAUUUAGAGAGUGCAUAAUCCUAACUUUUUCGAUAAUUCAUUUAUAUCACCACUGUUUAAUAGGAUGGACUACUAUAAGCUAAAUAGUUGAAAUUAGACAACAAUUUCAGCUAUGAAGACGAUUAUGUAAUUACAGGGUGCAUCUCAAAAGUAAAGGAGGGGUCUGAAUUCAUCAUUUUUGAUUCGAGUGGUAAAAUCUUGAGCGCCACUGAAUCUAUCUAUCAUUUAAUGAUUUAAGGGAUCGAUCAAGAGGCCACUCAUGCAAUUUAAACAUUAAAUUAAUGUUACAUCUUUUUCUUUUUUCCUGAAAUUCUGAAAAUCUUUACAAAUCACAAAAUAACCAAUAAAAGUUAUCAUAAUCUUGAAAUCGAAGACUAAACUACUUUGAUAACUAGAUUCAACAUAUCGGAUUUCAUCCUUAAAUACUAAAAAAUCUAUAGUUCAACUUCUCAUUAUAAAUAUUUAUAAUAUGAACAUAGAGGUAGUUAACAUUUUUAGAAAUCAAAGACUAGUGGACUUCAAUCAGAAUGUUAAAGUUCAUUCAAUAGAACUGUACCUAAAGUAGCAUAGAAAUAAGAACUAUAGAUUUUAACCAUAACCUAUCAGAAAUAAAUAGAAGAUGUCAUGAAAAAACUAAAUGAAGGUGGAGAAGCCACAUAUUCAGUUAAAUUUAUCCUUACUUUCAAAGUUGUGGGUCCAGAAUCCUUUCAUAAAUCAUUUUUCCUUAUGGAAAUUGUCGAUUUUAGAAGUAAGGAAUAACUCUUGUCAAAAAGAAGGAAAGUAAGUGUAAUGAAAUUGCAUUAAAAUUAUAUUCCAAAGACAUCUUCCAGAUUUAAAUAAGAUUCAUUUCGUGAUGACUCCAAGAGACUAGAUUAAUCAUCUGAACAAUUCAUAUAGUCUUUUGCAUAGGUUCAUAAUUAGGAGGAUCUGUUAGAUCAUGAAGAUUAUUCUUGUAAAUAAAAAGAUUUAAGUGUCGAUGAAAAUUAAUAAUCUGAAGGAUCCAAGACAUCUCUUGAUUCUUCGAAAUCAAAUACUAACAAAGAGUGUCAUAUCUUUAUUAAUUCUAGUAAAAUAAUAAAACCAUUAAAAGUAGUCAUUGCUUUAAGUGCCUUAAUAGUCGCAGUUUAAUUGAUUUAUACAAUUGCAAGUUUAAUCAUCAUCUAAGAUAGCACCAGUUAAAUUGUCUAAAGUAAUAAAAACAUUAAUGCUCCUCUCAUUUUUAAUAGAUAAUUUUUCCAAAUAUUCUCACUUUAAUGGAUACUUCUCCUACAGAAAUUACAGAUUAUUGAUUGCAGUACUUAUCUUCUAAACCAGACUGAUUACAAGCUAAAAAAUAUCUCAGAAUCCACUUUCGAAGAAUUAAAUAAGUUAUAUUCCUCUUUUAUUGAAGUUGAAGACUCUGGGCUAUUGGAAAACAUUAAUUAUAGAUCUGUUGGAGAAGAUAGACAAAUUGUAGGAUAUACAUACUUUAUAUUAAAUUUAGAGAGGACCAUAAAGGAGUUAUUUCAUUAAAGCAAAGAGCUAGAAAUUGAAUAUCAUCAUAUUACAACUUUGAUGACCUUAAGGAUUAAUUUAUAUAAUGUGUUUUACAUGAGUAAGACUCUAAUUUCAUCAUAUGAAGAAUUAUAUGGUAACACUUUGGAUAAUCAAAGCUUAAAAAUUGUUGUAAUUACUUUAACUAUUAUGAUAAUAUUUCUCUUUGAAAUUAUAAUACAGUUUUGCUUUUGGAAAUCAUGUUCAAUUUAUUAAAGAUAACUUAUUUUAAUGAUAGGAAGAUUAAAAGAGAAGGAAGCUAGAGAGUAAAUUUUGAAAUCAUAGGGAAUAAAGGAAAUAUUAGAAAAUAAAGAAAAUAUCUAUAAUUGGAGACAGAUAAAUUACUCGUCCUAUGAAUUCAAUAAUAAUCAAAAUAAUGAAUUGAGAUCUUAAAGGGGAUCUCAGUAAACAACAAAGAUAUUAAAUAGAUAACCAAUUGUUUUAAAUACAAGAAUAUAGGACACAUCAAUGAAUAGGAAAUUAAUUAUUUUAGUUCUACUUUUAACAUAUAUCAUUUUAAUUGUUUUUAUUAUCUGUGGAUAUAUCUUAUUUAGAAAAGAAAUAUAAUAAAUGAUCCCUUUUUAAAGAAUGACUCUGCAAUUUAUUACUUUUUCAACCAAUUUAGAUGCAAUGAUUGGAUCUGGUAUGAUAACUAAAUCGCUGCCUUCGAUUUACAAAAGAUUGACCUAAUAAAGCAUAAUUACUGAGGAAAUGAUUGCAAAACUUUAGGAUGCAAAUAAUUAAGUAUUUCAAUUAUUCGAAGAAAGUGAAGUCAAUUUUGAUGCAAACUUAAUUAGUAUUUUCGAAUAAAUUACUCUUUCAAAUUAAAUUAGCGAUAGUGAUAAGACUACUUUAGAAAGCAUAUACAAAUAUGAUAUCUGUUUAAAAUUAAUAGACUAUGUGCCAUUUUGUAGAUAUCCUGAGGUAAAUUAAACUUUUAUUAACUUAUACUCAAUUCCUAAUUAGACAGAUGAUAUUUCAAACUUCUAUGAAAAUGGUAUAAAGGGAAUUGCUAGUUAGAUAAGCUCAAUAAUUAAACAAUACUUCGAUUAUGAGAUAAGUUAACAGCAACAUAUGAGCGACAUAAACGGGAAUGAGUAAUUUAUGAAUUCAAAGGAAUUCAACACAGCCUUUUUGUAACACUUUCUAUUCACAACAAAGACAAUUGACAUUUUCAUAAAUAUUAUCCAAUACAGCAACCAACACUUUGCUGAAGAUAAUUUAAUUACAAUCUAAUUGUACUAUUGCAUAACUGGAUCAAUAAUAAUGUUAUUGUAUAUAAUCGUUUACACAAAAUGGAUUUAGAUAAAUUAUUAUUAGUUUAGAUUCAUAAAGUUUGGAUUGUCCCUCCUACCAUCAACCAUUUUGAAUGACCCUUACAUUAUGAAUUCUAUAAAAUAGCUUAAUUGA